AUGGAGACGUUGAAGGACACGUGCUGUGAGGAUAGCGUCCGACUGACGUCGCCGGGUCUGCCCCGUCGCGGUCGGGGCGGCGUCGACGGCGGCGACGCCGGGUUGUCAACCGCGGUGUGCGGGCUGCGCGCGGGGCUCGCGGGGCCGUGGGCGCGGCGCCUCGGGGAGGCGUUGCCGGCGUUGACGCGAAAACUGAUCGAGUCGGGGGCGCCGCAGCCCGCGGUGAACAAGUUCGCGUACAACGCGACGUUGCUCGCUUGGGUGGUCGCUUCGGAUCAAACGCCGAAAGCGUCUCCGAACUGCGUCGGCAUCUCGAAUUUCACGUACUAUCCCCCGAUACACGCGAUGCGAGCCAAUCCGAGGGAAGAGGCGACCCUGGGGGAGUCGCCGUACGGGGACGCGGAGUACGACUACGGCUUCACGACCUCGCCGCCGCGGAGCGAGACCUCGGGCGAAGCGUUAUCUAAGCGAGACGAAUUUUUCCUCCAAGAAGGGUUGCUCGCGCCGCCGGCUGCGCUCGGGCUCCGCGCGUCCUCGAUCAAAGAGAUGCACGAGGUCCUGAAAGACGUGACCGUGUGGGCGAGGGACUGCGUCUGCGCGCGGCUCACGAAGCCGUCGGACCCAGUCAAUAUAUGGAAUAAAGAGUUGUUCACCGCCCUCGCGGCCGCACAAGAUUUCGUAAAGAUGUUCGAGCAAGAAGCGAUGCGAUCACGGAGCGUCGCGACUCUGGUGUGCGUCACCAUGUUGCUGAAGCAGGUGAACGAAAGGCGCGGGAAAGAGCGCGCGCGUCUCCUCGGAGGUCGUUUGAAAGAUUGCGACCCGGAGUCGGAGUUGCACGAUUACGACGACAGGUUGCGCGACGGGGUCCGGUUCGAAGUCUUGCGGACGCUAGAGUCGCACGACGCGAUCUUCGUCCCCGGCCGACGCGCGGGAGAACUUCCGACGUUCGGGCUGUGGGAGACGCCGGGCACGACGGAGGACGCUACCCAACCGAUAAAGAUCGCGACGUCGUUUCCGACGAUCAGGUACGGGGAUAGUGACCGUCCGACCGCGCGCAUCAUCGACGUCAACCCGACGGUCUCCGUAUGGUCAAUCGUCGAGGAGUAUGGAUCGAACGGGGAUUCGGCGUACCACUUGUACGCGCGCGCGUCCCCGGUGGCGGCGGCGAUGCAUCACGUCCUCAACGCGAUCGCCGCCGCGGUCGAACACAUCAAAACCGCGGCGUGGAUAUCCACGGGGUCGUCGAGCUACGGCGACGCCGCCGCCCACGACGCGGUGAGGACCGCGCUCACCGCGGGCGGCGCGUCGUCGUCGUCGUCGCCGCUUCGAUCGCUCAUCGUCGCGUUCGGGGUGAUCCACGCCGCGGCGGUGGCGCUUCGAGUCGCCGCGCCGCCGGUGGACGUCCCGGAGGACGUCGUCUCGCCGUACCCCGCGAAGGAGGUGCGUUCUAUACACUGGUCCCCAUACGACCGCGUUGGCGUGGUGAACGCCGAUCCUUAA